AUGGGAAACCAGCCGUCGGCGAUUCUGGACAACAUAGCCUCGGGCUCGAAUUUCGACCGUGAGGAGGUGGACAGGCUGAGGAAGCGAUUUAUGAAGCUUGAUAAGGACAACUCCGGUACCAUUGAGCGCGACGAGUUCCUAGCACUUCCCCAGAUCUCCUCGAACCCGCUGGCAACACGCAUGAUCGCAAUUUUCGACGAGGACGGUGGCGGUGACGUCGAUUUCCAAGAGUUUGUCUCCGGUCUCUCGGCGUUCAGCAGCAAGGGAAACAAAGAGGAGAAGCUGCGGUUCGCGUUCCGCGUGUACGACAUUGACCGCGACGGCUACAUUAGCAACGGCGAGCUCUUCAUCGUGCUCAAGAUGAUGGUUGGCAGCAACUUGAAGGACCAACAACUGCAGCAGAUUGUCGACAAGACCAUCAUGGAGGCUGACCAAGAUCGCGACGGUAAGAUCAGCUUCGAGGAAUUCAUGAAGAUGGUUGAGCACACGGAUGUUUCUAUGAGCAUGACCCUAGACCAAUUCUAA